AUGUCGUUCAAGAGGGAGCGCGAGGAGACUCCGGACCUCCUCUCAAGACAAGAUUCACUGUCGCCGGACAACAAGCGCGUGAAAGUUGAGGUCUAUCAGCUCGAUUUCGGAGAACACAAAGGCCGCACCCUUGAGGACCUCUCCGACGAAGACUUAGCAAGAAUAGCAGACGACGAUGCCUUGGUGAACUCAAAACCUGGUCUACGUGAGGCUCUCAUUCAUUGGGCGAAUAACAUCUACAAGAUCGAUAGUGAAUUUGGCGGCUAUUACAACGGUUGCAAACUUGGUGAAGCACCGAUUUCAUGGAUCAAUUCCUGGAUCUACGCCACCGGUGGGCACAAACACACUUACACCCGGAUAGCUCUCAAAUUUCACUUCCUCGAUAGAGAGCCAGAAAUGCCAGGCUCAAAGUGGGUCUUCACCUAUGGAAAGCACGUUGGAAAAAGCUUCGACGAGAUCGAUGACGACUAUCUACCUGUACCAUACGACCAAUGGACCAAGGACCAAGGGAUAGGAACCAAGCAAAAUCCCAAAGACUUCGACCCCAGAAAUCCCUGCAGGGAAGACGGCACAAGGAUCUUUGACAAUCGCGGCAAAGACGAUGUAGCCGACGCGCUGGUGUAUAAUGAGCGUAUGAAGCUGAGAAAGCUUCUUCGAGAUCAUCCCAAUGCUCCUAAUUAUCGCAUGCCAUGGUAUCAGAACUACUGCAGAGGCCAACACAUCAGAGACGUUGAUCUCGACGAGGUUCUGCGCAUCCAUAACAGGCUCGACAACAAGCGAGUCUGGGGUGAUGAGUACGACAAAGAUCUCUGGGCUGCAGUGAAAUGGCGCGUCAUUAAGCACCACCUCGUUAGAUGGAACUGGAGAGGACAUUGCGAGAGGGUAAACGGGAGAUGCGUCUGGAUUCCAGAAGAUCUAGGUCCAUACUUGUACCCGUCUACUGAGAUUGAAGUUUCAGACGAGCCCUAUAUACCCCGGUUCUAG